UAGCUUUCACACUACUUUCUUUUCUUUUUUCUUUUUUUACAAUAUUCAAAAAUGAAAAAAAAAAAAAAAGUUGAAUUAAAGAAUUCUAUCCGAAGUUAAAGCUAAUUUUCCGCUUUGUGUUUCUUUCUACUAGCUUCAGGUCCUCCAUAUAAAAGUACACUUGAAAGAUAAAGGCUUGCAGAGAAGCAGUAACCAGAUCUAUAUGCUUCAUCAUGGCUUCCGAUGCUCAUCACCCCUUGCUUGAUUCUUCCACCAACUCCAAUUCCUCCCCCAUGGUCCUCGUCUUCCUCCUCUCUCUAUCUGCAUUUGCUGUCUCCAGUGUUUUUCUUGCUCCCCAUUUGCUCAAAGUUAGCCAACACUCCGAUCCAUCUUUUCUUCAACAUUUAUGUGACCAAGCCUAUGAUCCUCAAGCAUGCUUACUAACCAUAUCUGAAGCUGUCAAAGAUAAUGGAGCUGUACAGCAAUCAAACGGCAUCAAUAUACUGAAGAUUCUCUUGGUCAAAUCUCUCCCACAAAUGACAACGGCAGUGGAAGCUGCUGCCUCUGGGAUCAAACUCCAGGGCAAGAAUCAGAAGGAUCAAGGAGCUCUAGCUGAUUGUUUGGAGCUAAUGGACUUGUCUAUUGAUCGUGUCAAUUAUAUACUAUCGGCUGUAGCCAACUGGAGCACACACUCUGAUGAUGCACAUACAUGGCUUAGUGGUGUACUCACUAAUCAUGCUACUUGCUUGGAUGCGAUUGCCGAUACAACCCAACAAUCCAUGAAAGUAUUGCUCCAAGAUUUGAUAUCCAAAACAAGAACAUCUCUAGCAGUUGUUGCUAGUCUUUCAGCCUCCAAGAAGGAUGAAAAUCUCCGGACAUUAAAUGGGGGAUUUCCGUCAUGGAUCUUGGCCAGGGAUCGAAAACUUAUAGAAAGUACAUCGAGCAAUAUUCAGGCCAAUGUGGUGGUAGCAAAAGAUGGUAGUGGGAACUUCAAAACAAUUCAAGAAGCUGUGGAAUCAGCUCCUGAUAAGAGUAAAACCCGGUAUGUGAUUUAUGUGAAGAAAGGAACUUACAAGGAGAAUGUGGAUGUUGGGAAGAAGAAGAAGAAUGUAAUGAUUGUGGGUGAUGGGAUGGAUCUCACCAUCAUUACUGGUAGCCUCAAUGUGGUGGAUGGAUCAACAACCUUCAAAUCAGCCACCCUUGCUGUUGCAGGGGAUGGAUUCAUUCUACAAAACGUUUGUGUCCAGAACACUGCAGGACCUGAGAAGCACCAAGCUGUAGCACUUCGUGUUAGCGCUGACCUAUCUGUCAUUAAUGGUUGUCUUAUUGACGCAUACCAAGACACACUCUAUGCACAUAACCAGAGACAGUUCUACAGAAAUUGCUUCAUAACUGGAACAAUUGACUUCAUAUUUGGUAAUGCAGCUGUUGUUCUUCAAAACUGCCAAAUUAUCGCACGAAAGCCUAUGCCACAUCAGAAGAACAUGGUCACUGCACAGGGUCGAAUAGACCCAAAUCAAAACACAGGAACAUCAAUCCAGAGAUGUAAAAUUCUUGCAAGCCCUGACCUUGAAUCUGUACAAAGUUCAAUUCGUACAUAUCUUGGUAGGCCAUGGAAAGAGUACUCGAGGACCGUGGUGCUCCAGUCUUACAUUCGUGGGCAUAUUCAUCCUGCAGGGUGGGCAGAGUGGGAUGGGGAUUUUGCAUUAAAGACUUUGUAUUAUGGUGAGUUUGCAAAUAACGGGCCAGGCGCAGAUACUAGCAACCGAGUGAAGUGGCCUGGUUACCAUGUGAUUACAGAUCCAAAUGAGGCCAGGAAAUUUACUGUUGCAGAGCUGAUUCAAGGAGGAGAAUGGUUAAAAUCCACUGGAGUUUCUUAUACUGAAGGACUAUAUGAAUGAAAACAUGAGCGAGUGCUACUCUUUCAGUUUCAGGCUAUCCUUGUCUUAGUAUAUAUUAAAUAAUGUUGUAUGAGUAGCUGUUUAAUGCUCUG